GCGAAGGUAGUCGCCUGUUGCUCCAUCUAGUAAAAUCCCGCAGCUCAUUUGCGGACUCGCAGCCCGCUGUGUGCAGAGUCAUAACCUGCCAGUAAUAACCGCGUUGCUCUUUUUGAGCAGUGUGUUGGUUAAUGCUGGGACUUUGAAACAAUGCAGUUAUCUGGACCACAGGCGACAGUUUGAGAUGGAGAAACCCUUUCCAGAAGAUGACUGCGUGGAUUCAGGAGCAGAGACUGGGGGAUCUGAUUACAGCCCUCUGUCCUCAACGAGCAGUGAGCUAUCGAUGGGUGAGCUCCAAGAUCCAUUCCUCGUCAGCAUCCACCUCAUCACCGAUCCUGGUCAGGGAAAGUUGCUGCAGCGUGCUGCCGAUGCCGUGCUGGCGUGGGUUCACCCUGAACUGCAGCUCUUCAGAGUCUCUGAGCGGGCGUCCAACUCCCAGCGGCCUUGGCCAAAGCGGCACCAAAACGGCAGCACGUCCACAGGGAUACAGCCAACCAUGGCAGUCAUCCUCUUCUUACAGGAGAUGUACGGUGGCGAGGAACAGAUCCUAACGCUACACCGCACACUACAGAGACCGCCAUGGUGUUACCAUCACACUGAAAAAAUCAGUAAUGGCCGCAGCAUGCUGCCUCUCACACCUUGCAGUCAGGACUUUUUUAUCUUGUCUCCUGGCACGCCAGUGUGGGCUGUGCGGCAGGUCCACUACGGCAAGGAAAUCGUGCGGUUUACCAUUUACUGUCGCCAUGAAAAUUAUGGCGACAUGAUCCGGCUGUACAAGCUGCUGCUUCAGCGACGAGUGGCGCAGAAGAAGGAGGACUUUUGUUUCUUUGUGGUGUACUCCAACCCUGACAUGGAAAUCCAGCUGUCGUUUAAGAGGCUCCCACGGGGUCAGAGUCCUGCGGCGCUGGAGUCAGCCGUGAUGGAGGUGAGGGUACGGGACGUCGGAGCGCUGGUGCCUCUACUUCCACAUCCCUGCAGCCCUAUCAGUGACGUCCGCUGGCAGACGGAGGACUAUGAUGGAAAUAAAAUCCUGCUGCAGGUCCAAGGUGCAUGCUUGAGAAGCAGACAAGAUCCCUUUUACACAGCAACCACUCUCGCCGAGCCAGUCUCAGCUCCAUCUAGCUUUACCCGCACUGUCACCUCCCACAAAAGCCGCCGUCACCAACAGAGAGUGACCUCCCAUCCCAGAGGCCACCAGACCUCCCACAACUCCCUACCUCUGGCCUGUGAGGAGCAGGAUGAGCAGGAGGAGUGGUCUGACCAGCAGCAUCCCGACCGCCGGACAUCCCAAUGGGGGGGCCACCAUUCAGGCUCCCAUUUCUUUCUACCCAACCUGGGCUCAACCAGCCCCUACUCCACCUGUAACGCUCCUUUUCCAUCGUCCAACCUCUACAACAGGAGCUGCUCCCUCAAAAAGAGACCCUCACUCAUCCCGCCUUUCCGUCUGAACGUGGACUCUCUUAUUGGUGCGGAGGAAACAGACGUGGACACAGGAAAUAAAGUGAAUCAGGGCAGCAGUGCAGAUCUUUCGGUAGUGUCUGCUUACAUCAAAUCCAGCCUGCCACUGACCCCCCGGCCAUUAUCAGCCCCUCCAGAAGACGUCAGACCCCCCUUAUCUCCUGACAUUCCAGACAACACCUACAAGUCGGCCACUCUGGGCCGAACGCCAAACAGCUUCUCGAUCACCAGCAAUCCCUCCACCUUGUUGGGAACACAUCUCCAAAGCAGCAGUUUAAGCACAAGUGCCGCACCGUCCUCGAGUGACGUUUCUAUCAACCUGUCAGACAGUUGCAGCAUUAUUAGCGCACCAAUUGAAGAGGCAGACACGGUAGAAGAAGACCAGGAAUUCUACAUUUGAUAGAAGGUUUAAAGCUGAGAGGACUGAAUGUGGGCAGUGAUGGCAGGUUUUAGUGCUGAACACAGUUGACACAGCUCUACUCUGCAUUCUAGAGUCUAAUAGUAAAAUUACAGUAAGUAGUUGUUUUAUUGAAUGUAGAUAGGAGCACUGUAUAUAUCAGCCAAUAUUAUUCACAUUUAAUGGAUCAAUCAGAUAACUGUACAGAUGCUUUAUUCAUUAAAAUAUAAUUCUGUUUCCAGGGUGUUAAAUAUUGUUUUUAUAGCACAGUUAGGUUUAUAUACAGUGUUUCGCAAAAUCUUUGAUACUUCUUGAAGUGGUAGAAAAAGAAUGUACGGUUUUACAUCAUUUUAACACUUUCACUUCAGUUACGGCUGCAUACUGGACAGCUGUCUUGAGAAUGUCCAGUUUUGUACAUCGAGAAACUGAAUUUUCUGUCGUUGCAAAUUAGCUCUCGGUCAGAUUGGACUGAGCGCAUCUGUGAUCACAUAUUGCCACAGAUUCUCAGCUAGAUUUAGGUCUAGACUUUGACUGGACCAUCCUAACACAUGAAUAUGCUUUGAUUGAAACCAUUUUGGUUGUAUGCUUAGGGUAACUGUCUUGCCAGAAGGUGAACAUCUGGCCUAGUCUCAAUUUUUUGGCAUCCCCAUAGCAUAAUGCAGUCUCUACCAUGUAUCACAGUGAGGAUGACGUUCAGGGUUGUGUGUAGUGUUAGUUUACCCUCGCAUUUUGCAUGUGGGUCAAAAGGUUGAUAUUUUGGUGUCAUCUGGACAUUGAACCUUCUUCCUCUACAUGGCUUGUGGCACCUGCCAAAUGGACGUCUUAUGGCUUUCAUCUUUGCCCUUCACAGUUAUGUGCUAUUUGUGUUUAAAUGUAACAUUAAAGACAUUAAGGUUUGUUGUAAUGUGACUAAAUGUGUAAAAGUUGAAAGCACUGCUUCUCUUCAAUGUGCAAAGACAGGAUGACGCAUCUGAUUUGGAGAAAACGACAAUAAAAGAACACAAAUGAAAAGCAGCUAA